AUGGAGCGAUCCGUCUCGCCUCACAUGUCCGAGCACUCAUCGUACUCGACGACUCACAGCAUGCCGCGCUCAUACGGCUCGCCGUCCGUCAUGCAUGCCUCAAUGCAUUUGCCAACCUCCAUGGCCAACACCAUGUCGAUGCCCGCCUACCCAGACAUGCCCGGGACCAUGGCCAAUAUGCCCCAUAUGACCAUGCACCAUAUGCCUCAGCAGGCCCAGCCACCUCAACCGCCCGUCAAAGCCUAUCCGUGUAGCACGUGCGGCAAGGGCUUUGCGCGGAGGAGCGACUUGGCUCGACACGAGAGGAUUCACUCGGGCGUCAGGCCGCACGUCUGCGACUUCCCCAACUGUGGGAAACAGUUCAUCCAGAGAUCCGCCCUGACUGUGCAUCAGCGCGUCCACACGGGCGAAAAGCCACAUCACUGCGAGACAUGUGCCAAGCCCUUCAGCGACAGCAGCUCUCUGGCUCGGCAUCGACGUACUCAUUCCGGGAAGCGACCGUACAAAUGCCCCUACGCCGACUGCCAAAAGACAUUUACCCGGCGCACCACUCUUACCCGCCACCAAAACCAUCAUAGCGGUACGAUUGAGGAGGCCGCAGCCGCCACAGCCGCGGCGCUGGCCGCUUCAAAGACCAAGAAUGCAGGCCAAAGCCGAUCGGACGGCGAACACAUCUCAAGCCACGGCUCCCCAAUGACGACGCCGUCGCCUGCACAACGGACAAUGUCCAUGUCGCCGAACAUGGACAUGUCUGCCUCGAACGGCAUGGGCCGCCACGCCGGCGACUUCCAGUACAUUACGCAGGGCGGGCCGCUUCCCCCGCACCUCCGCGUAGCUAGCCCUGCGUCGGCGUCGGCGGCUGGAUACACUACCAACGGAAUCCGGCCGACAUCGCACCCCACUGGCUACGGACCGCCGCCGACGCUGGAACCUAGUCUAGAGCAACACCAGGUGGCCUCUGGGAGCGUCGGGGGCAGCCCCCACAUGACGGCCGUCAGCUGGCAGUCGCCGUCGCAUGUGCCGUCGUCCUCGCACAAUGGGGCCAGCUACGUGUAUCCCGAGCCGGAUACGUAUCACCACCAUGCGGCCAUGGGCCAGAUGUACUACGGGGCCGCGCCACAGCUGCGCCGGCCCCAGGGCACAGACACUGGCCUUGUACAUAUGGCCUAG